AUGGAGUUAUCUCACGUUGUGCAAUGGCUUUUACAAGGGAUUUUUAUUUAUGUGACGUGUGUAUAUGGAGAAUUAAGACCAAUUCGUAAGACCCCUUUAGGGGAUAUGAUGGGAUAUUAUAUGGAAACUCGAGGAGGGCGGCAAAUAUCCGCGUUCACUGCAAUACCUUACGCCGAACCUCCUCUUAAGAACUUAAGAUUUAAGGCACCAGUUCCAAUAUCACCUUGGGAAGGCGUAUUAGAUGCGUCUCAAGUGAGCCCUAUAUGUAUACAACGGAACCCAUAUAUACGACAAAAAGACAUAGUUGGCCAAGAAGAUUGCCUGUACCUCAAUAUAUACUCACCAUUUACUGGCAAUGAAGUAAAAGAAGAAGACAAACUUCUGCCGGUUAUGGUCUUCAUACAUGGUGGCGGCUGGAUGUGCGGUGAUGCGACGACCGAAAUGUACGGACCGGAGCAUCUCCUCGACAGGGAUGUACUCUUUGUGGCGAUUAAUUAUAGAUUAGGUCCACUAGGCUUUUUAUCAACUCUAGAUGAACAUUGUCCUGGCAACAAUGGUCUUAAGGAUCAACAAGAGGCCCUUCGGUUCAUCCAAAAAACCAUUCAUGCGUUUGGUGGAGACAAUCAAUCUAUUACAAUUUUCGGAGAAAGUGCUGGUGGAGCCAGCGUUAACUACCACAUGUUAUCGAAAACAAGUGAAGGUUUAUUCCAUAAGGCCAUUUCAGAAUCUGGAACAGCGUUGGUACCAUGGGCUGAAGCACCCCCAGGAGAGGCACGACGGGCCGCGUUUCGGUUAGCUAAACUUCUCAAUUGUCCUCAAGCGCCUUCAGAUGUCAUGAUUGAAUGCCUUCGUAAACAAGACGGAUACGAUAUUAUCGGCACAGAAUUCAGCUUAUAUACAUGGGAUUACGAGCAGAUGACACCUUACAAAGCUGUCGUUGAACCAGAUCUCCCCGGAGCUUUUCUCACUAGAAGUCCUCGUCUGCCGCCUACAACUACUUUCGUACCUUGGCUUACUGGUAUUAAUAAGGACGAAGGUUGUCUCAAGUCUGUAUGGAUAACGGCUCAUGAGGAACGGUAUAAGGAAUUUGUUUCUGGAUUUGAUAUCAUCGCUCCCGUCACGUUCUAUUACGAAAACUCUCCAUAUCCGGAUCUAAUAACUAAAUCACUUAAAGAAAAGUAUUUGGGUGACGAUGAACAAACAAUCAAAGAUGGAAUACUUAAGCUUUACUCGGAUUCUUACUUUGACUAUCCAAUGAUACAAUCAGUAGAGCAAGCAUUUAACUAUAGUAAAAAUCCAGUGUAUUUAUAUAAGCUAACAUAUCGAGGAGCAAACAGCUUUUCUCAGAUUUUCGGCGAUCCCAAAGGAAAUUAUGGUGUGUGCCACGCAGAUGAGCUGAUGUAUUUGUUCCCAAUACACUUCCUGAAUAACAAAUUCACACCGAAAGACAAUGAAAUGCUCGAACUGAUGGUUACUAUUUGGACCAAUUUCGCUACUAGCGGAAAUCCAAAUGAACCAGUGCAAGUACCUUUCAAAUGGGAGCCGGCAACUAGCAGCCAUAAAAUGGAAUAUUUAGAUAUUGGAGAAAAACAAACCAUGCAGCAGGAUUUAGCAUCUCGGUCCAGAAUAUGGGGAACACUGCCGCUUUGGCACAAUGUACUCGUAAAGCGAAAGAUGGUGAAUGAUGAGUUA